UAGGCCGAGAAGUCAUAAAAUAUUUAGACGUUGAAUUCUGUGAUUAUACCUUGUUCUGCAAGAACAAUCGCAUUGCCUAGUUUUCACAAUGCAUUUUACUUGUAAUUGGAAAACGGUUUUACUUAGAAAAGUCUGUGUCAUAAUCUUGAAUAGAAUAGGAAUAGCUGCGAAAAUAAUACAACUCGUAAGACCUAAUAAACAAAGUGACACAAUUAACGAAAUAUUGUUGUACGGUGCAGGUGAUUAUGACAGAAAGAAGCAACUGGGCCUAAACAAUCUCUUCUGCGUUUAUAAUGUGUUAGUUCAUGCGCGCCAAACUAUAGACGUAUGUAUGCCUAGUCUAGAUAGUGAGACUAUUUCCAAAUGCCUGAUUAACGUUCAUGAGAAGAGCAAAGUCAAACUCCGGAUAGUGGUGCAUAAGAAUUUUGAUUUGGAUUCAAACCAUUUUCUGGAUUAUGGAAUUGAAGUGAAGGUUAUAAGCCAAGCCGAGGUACGGCUGGAGCACGAGUUUAUGUUGAUAGACGCAGUAGAUUUCGCGGAGGGUCUAGCUAUUAUAGGCUCUUUGGAUUAUGAACUGAAACGUGUUAAUUGUGACAGCGACAGUACCCUGAUGACAUCUGAAAAAGCCGUCGUCUCCACUUUAAAGAGAGAAUUCGACAGAAUCUGGAACUCUGUUGCAGAGACAAAUACACACUAUACAAAAACGUUGUUAAAGAAUAUUUAGAAAUCAAUAAAAACUAAAUAUAUGUAGUAUAUUUUUAAAUCAGUGAUUCGUUUACAAUUCGAACAUGUUUAACAGGUAAAAUAAAUAAAAAUCUGAAUAUAACAAAAAUACUUUGAUUUUAUUCACCUAAUAAGACAAUAAUGGCAUUAAUCAAAUUUUUCACAAAAUUAAUAUUCUAUACAUUUAUACAAUUUUUCAUUUGUACUUAAGUGCUUUUUGUUAAUGCCAAACUUAUUAAUAAUUAUUAUAAACCACAAAACAAUGAGUAAAUGAAUUUCAUAAUAUUGUUAUCGGUGAUACUAUAUCACAGAUUCACUUAUGUUGAUACUUAUCUUAAUUAACUUAAUAGCACUAAUUACAGUCAAAUUAUUCAAAACUUGGAAGUUAUUAAAAACUAGCUGAUUCGCCCAGCUUUGCUCGGGUGUUUGAUAUAUCUAUAUGCACAUAAUAUACAAUGUACCAGUGUUACUUCUGCACAGAGUAGCUUUGUAAUUAUGAAAGUAUUAUUAAAAUCAGUUCAGUAGUUUUUUUACUAGUAGUUGUGUUAUACAAACAAACAUUUCCUGUUUAUAAUACAUAUUAUAUUAUAUAAAUAUUUAUAAAACAAUUAUUUAUUACUAUGUUCAGACGAACCACGUCAUAAUAAUUAUUAUUUAUUAUUUAUCAUUAGUCUGGUGACGCCUGCAAACUGCUAUUUUUUAUAAAUAAGUACAUAAAUAAAAUUUAUACUGUCACAAAUUAGUAAUUACAAUAAGCUGAUUCAAAUGCAACAGUCUAUUAUUAAUUUAUAGAAAACUAUUUACAUAUUUUUUGAUGCUGAUCAUUUAAAAAAUUAUGUACCACUGGUUGUCUUGUGCCAGUGUUAGAUAGUUCUUAAAGACGGUAAUUAUCAUUUAUGAAUUAAUAUGAUAAUCAUAAUAUACUACUUAUAUUUAGGAGUGUCUCUGAAAUUUACUAAUAAAAUAUAAUAGUUAAAAUUAUACUUGUUUGCCAUUUUUUGUGAUCAAUUAAAUUGAAAAGAAUACAAUUAACAAUAAAUAAUAAUAAUAAUUAACCUAAUAUUGACCCAACUCAACCCGUUUAUAUAUAGCUAUAUUGCGAAAGUAUUCUAGGCAUACAUAGCAUAUAAUAAAUAAAUAAAUAAAUUGAAUUUG